AUGCGGUCGAUAAGCGGACUAUUUUCAGUAUAUUCCCUACUUUCAUUAACAAAAGCAGGCAUAAUACAAGCUGGUGGGGCUGUUAGUGAAGAGUACGACUAUGUCAUCGUGGGCAGUGGUGCAUCUGGCUUAGUCGUAGCUCAUCGUCUGUCUGAAGACCAGAAUAUUAAGGUGCUUGUGAUCGAAGCCGGAGGGUUUGACUAUAACGAUUACCGGGUCAUGGCCCCUGGCUCGGUUGGCCGCGAGUGGGCCGCCGAUCUCGACUAUGGCUUCAAUACUGUUCCCCAGACAUUCCUCAAUGGCGAAACUCGUGGUUACCCUCAAGGCAAGGUAGUCGGUGGAGGAACACUCCUGAACGGUCUGGUGUGGACUAGAGCCUCGUCUUCGGAUUAUGAUUCCUGGGUGGGGGAUCUAGGCAACGAGGGAUGGAGUUGGACCGAUCUCUGGCCCUACUUCACGAGGUCUGAGAACUUUAACGGCACAGUUACCACUAUUGGCACACAGGAGUUAGACAUCGCUGCCAUAACAAGUACACAUGGCCACGACGGUCCAAUAGAAGUGUCUUAUACUCCCUACUACUACGAAGACCAAGCCGAGAGAUUCCUCAAUGGAUGUGCUGAGCUGGGCAUCACGAUUAUUGGCGAUACCAACACCGGUAACAUGACCGGGGCCAGCAUGUCGCCAUCCAGCAUCAAAGGCAUUGCCCAUAGUCGCGACAGUGCCCGAAAGGCCUACUGGAAUCCUAUCGCCGACCACACGAAUUUGGACCUGAUGAUCGAUACCAAGGCGACCCGUAUCUUAUUCGACAGAUCUGGCAAAGAGCCUGUAACAAGCGGUGUUGAGUUUGCCGUAAGCGCGACCGCGAAUGCCAGCACCAUCACGGCUAGCCAAGAGGUCAUUGUUGCCGGUGGUGCUGUCUGGACUCCCACACUGCUGCAGGUUUCAGGCAUUGGUCGUCGUGCUGCUCUCGAGAACAUUGGCGUUGAGGUGGUUAUCGAUCUUCCUGGUGUUGGUAAUAACAUGCAAGACCACCCCAUGGUGUCUCUGACUUACGACUUUGAAGUCCCCGGUCUCUUCACCAGCAACAACCUCACUGGCCAAGAACAGCAAGCCGCCCUCACCGAAUGGGAGCAGUAUGGCACUGGCCCCUACUCCAGCCCCAUGAUCAGCCACCUUGCCUUCCCCUCUCUUGCGAGUAUCGCCAACAACUACUAUGAGCUUAUCCAGAACGUCCGCAAUGGCCAGGUUCAGAACCAACUCCCCACCCACUACGAUGACGGGAUGAAAUGCGGCUACGAGGCCCAGAUUGCCGCCAGCCUCAGCCUCCUAGGACAGGAUAACCUCCCAGUCUGGGAAGUGAUGCCGACUUCUUACGGCGAGCUGACCAUCUCAAUCAUGCACCCCUUCAGCCGUGGCAACAUCACCGCCGCCUCCGCUUCCAUCUUCGACGCGCCCCUAAUCGACCCGCGCUACUGCUCGCACGCGUUCGACUGCGACCUGCUGAUGCGCGGCUUGCGCUGGAACGACCGACUGGUCGCCACCAAGGCCAUGCAGGAGUUGCAACCCGUGCCCCGUGCCGGCUACGGCCCGGCCGUCGAUGACGCGGCGCUGCGCCAGACCCUGUACAACGACCUGCGCACCAACUUUCACCCCAGCAGCACGACGGCCAUGUUGCCACGCAACCAUGGCGGUAUUAUCGACAACCAGUUGCGUGUGUACGGCGUGCAGGGCCUGCACGUUGUCGAUGCUAGUGUCUUCCCCACGAUUCCCGGCGGUCAUCUCCAGGCUGCCGUCUAUGCCACCGCCGAGAAGGCAGCCGAUCUCAUCCAUGGAUCCCAGAGCGAUGCCUCCCAGAGCUGUACUACCCAGAGUGGUACCACCCAGGGCAAAACCUCUCAGAGCUGGACCAAUAACACCUCUGUCAUCAAUAACAGCUACGCUGGCGAUCUUGUCGGAGAUGUCGACGGUGUUGCCAGCCGUGUUGUUCACAACCUUACUCCAAGUUUGACGACUGUUCUCAACCCCGAGCGCAAACCGGCCGAUAUCCACGCCGCCAUCAAUGCUUGGCUGGAGGGCAAGGGCCGGCGGCCCAACAGUUUCUUGAAUGGCACGAUCUUCCCCGUCUUGGAUGGCUUGGAUGGUGCGAAGGCUACUGCCCCAAAGAAGAAGUGUGGCUCGCGCAAGCGGGUGUGA